UGCAGUUCUCAUCAUCCAGCGCUGAGGUUAGAGCCUGUGCUAAAGCAAUGCGAUUCACAACCACCAGCAAUGUACUCCACGGCUCUGAAAGCCGGCUUUCGGUCCUUUAAAGGCUGGCUGAACACUGGCAACAGAAAUUUGGAGAAGCUCAAGUUUUCUCUCAUUAAAGAGAAGCCGAGGACAUUUCUUCUGAGGCUAAACAGCAUUACUGCAGAAUAAAUAUGCUAAGCGUUGCGGGAAGCCAGAUGAAGUCUUAAAUGAAAACAUGCACGUUAAUGUUUAACCCCUUUCACUUAUGUUGAGAUUUCCACACGAGCAACAGAAUGAAGAAUGCUGUCUGAAUUUUGCUGAAGGACAAUGGGACUAUUUAUUUUCAUUAUGCUGCCUUCUCCUGGCUAAUUUUGGGCAAGGUAGUUCUGUACCAAAUGCUCCAAGGACAAAACUUCAUGUAAUAGCUGCGGGAUUUGGGACUGCUGCACUACCAUGCUUUGGACAUUUCAACAAGAAAGCAGAACCUAAGGUUUCCCAGGCCUUAAGGAAAUCUCGUCAAUGGCUGGGAUCACACACCAUCCCAUACAGAGCUUGCACACCGUUCCUGUGGAGGGGGCUAGACCUCGAUCAACCUACUGCACUGCUCCCCUGCUGGAGCACACGUUGCUUCAAAGUAGGAUCAACUUCUAGCUUACGAGCUACACCCUCAAAUGAUCUGAAGAAAGUCUCCGGAUAAUAGAAGAUGAACCCACUUGAUGCAACAAAAUCAGGAUUUUUAGUGUGCAUUGCUGUCUGUACAUUCAUCUACACCUUCAUCUACCUAAAGGAUACACUUCUCGAAGAUCCAAACGAACAGAAAUUUAGCGGAAAUACAGCAGAGUGUGGUUUUUACCCAGAUGAACUUUGUUCGGCUCUUUUUCUGGGGAAAACUGCUGCCUCUAAAAUUGGAAACGUUUGCCAGAAUACCUACCGACCUGAAACGUUCAGCUGCAUUCAGACUCCAUGCAACUGCUCCAUGGUCUUAAAGACUCUACGUUUUAUAACAAGACCACUGUCAGCUGAAGAAGGAAGCUUCUCACUAGCGUACAUUAUCACAAUUCACAAAGAGUUGGAAAUGUUUGUAAAGCUACUAAGAGCUAUUUAUAUGCCUCAGAAUAUUUACUGCAUACAUGUUGAUGAAAAAUCAUCAGAGGAUUAUAAAGCUGCUGUACAAAAUAUUGUUAAUUGCUUUGAAAAUAUUUUUAUUUCCUCAAAAAGAGAAAAUGUUGUUUAUGCCGGAUUUUCAAGAUUACAAGCUGAUAUUAAUUGCAUGAGAGAUCUAGUUCAAUCCAAAAUUCAGUGGAAUUACGUUAUUAAUCUGUGUGGUCAAGAUUAUCCCAUUAAAACAAACAAAGACAUUAUCAAAUACAUCAAAAGUAAAUGGAAUGGUAAAAAUAUGACUCCUGGGGUAGUCCAACCACUUCAUAUGAAACACCGGACACAGGUUAGUUACAGAGAAUACGUGCAUUCUGGAAUGUCAUACGUGUAUCCAACCAAGAACAUAAAAUCUAAACCUCCGUAUAAUUUGACUAUAUAUUUUGGUAGUGCCUAUUACAUACUCACUAAAGAAUUUGUGGAGUUUACAUUGACGGAUGCACGUGCAAAAGAUUUGCUGGAAUGGUCAAGAGACACGUACAGUCCGGACGAACACUACUGGGUCACACUGAAUCGUUUAAAUGAUGCUCCAGGUGCUACACCAAACGCAGACUGGGAAGGAAACAUACGAGCCAUUAAAUGGAAAGAUCAAGAAGGCACCACACACAAGGGCUGCAAAGGUCAUUACAUCAGAGACAUUUGUGUCUAUGGACUAGGGGAUUUACAAUGGAUUAUUGAAUCGCCUCACUUGUUUGCGAACAAAUUUGAGCCUGCAACAUAUCCCCUUGUUAUGGACUGCCUAGAGAGACGCCACAGGCUUAAAGUACUGCACCAGGCAGAAGUCCCAAUUGACGAUCACUGGCGUUUUCAGGAAGAUAGCUAUUUCAACAUGAAGCUGAACGUUUAAGAAACAUCUAAACAAAUACUCAAAAUAUUGACAAAACCCAUCAAGAUUUUUAGCCUCAGACUUCACUCACUUGGAGUACUGUGCUCACCCUCGUGCUUUAAUGCUGUACUGCUGGUUCACCAGUGAAAUAAGCAGUUUUAUAAAUUACAGUAAAAGAAAGAGCAACAACUGCUAAGGGAUAAGUUUAAAGCAAAUGACAUGUCUAAAUCUGCAACUUACAGAAAACAGGAGUGACAUUCAUAACCCUUUAAGUGACUUAUUUAACUGGAAAAUACAUGUUCCCCAUGUCUACAGCUGAAAAAAAAAAGAACUGGUAUGAAAGUAAUAAAAUGGAAGUAAUGACUGAAACAAAGGUGAAAUACGAAGAACACAAGAUAAAGUUGUGUCUAUUGUAUGUCUUAUGAACUAGAUUACUUUGAUUAAUAAAGUUGACACAAACUGCAGAGCUUGUAGAGAAGCAGGUGCCAGCCAGCUUCAGACACAGUCCAUUUCACUGUUUUUUCAUGGCCAGCUGCAUCUCUAAUUUCAUUGUGUAGCAUGGCAACACCACUCUUGCACUAUUCAUGCUUCGCUCCUAAUGACGAGGGUGUCUGUAUCAGUAACAUUAGCAGGGGUCCUGAAAUGCACGUUUACCUCUAAGUCCCUGGUUCUGAUUCUGUGCAGGAGCUCAUGGCAAUGAGAUGUGGGAAAUUUGAGUCCAGGGAACAAAGGAAAACUGAGUGAAGAGCUUUCAGUCUCAGGGUAGGGAAACAAAACUUCCCUGAAUCUUGCAACAGUCUGCGACAAUUGGCGAUAACACCUAGCACCAUCUAGGAACAGGAUCUCAUUUUCCAGAUCCUUUGCAGACCAAACAUAGUUCUCACUAGCCUACAGCAAGGAAGUAGACUUUCAUACUCAGCACAAGGAAAACUAAUUUAAAGACUGAGCAUUCUUCCAAAAAUUCAAAUGAAUCAACAAAUGACCCAACAAUAGAACACAAAAAUUUAUUAUUACAACCUACUCCCAGGUUCUUGGAACUGUAGCACUCCUUUUCCCACACAAGUUUCUUGGAAACAAUUUCUUUCAAAUGAACUUUAACCUAGAGGAGAACCAUCUGGUCUCUAUUUAUUUACAGAAACUUAAAAAACUCAAGCCUGUACUCAGUCUCAUGUAGAACCCAUGGCCUAUCUUGUGGCUAAUUAUUGAUGAUUUUUUUUUUUUUUUAAUGGAUGGGAAGGAAAAAAGCCAGGCACCAUGCUCACACUGGGCGUUUUGAGAGUCCCUCUGGAAACCAUUACUGAAGCUAAUGGGUCUCUGGCAUGUAUUAACCAUAACAAUAUUCAGAAGUAGUUUCUCUCCAAACCACACCCAAUCCACUGUAAGGCACUCCCAGCAUUUAUCUACUCACUCUGUGUUGUUUUUUUAAAACAUGAAUGUAAUGUGCCUCAUUAUGGUCUUUGGAGACAAUCCAGUACCUAGCUUUUUCACCUUUCAUCACCAUCAUACAGAACAAUUGCGUUUCACCUCUGAGUUGACUGAAAAGGUGAAAUUCAAUAGCAAGGCACUUAAUUAAACUGGCUUGGGUUGUAGAAACUGACCAGGAAAACUAGGAAAAAAUGUAGAUCUCUUAAUCUCUCUUAGAAAUAUUAUUUAUGUCCUACUUAAGCCAAGUUAAUCCAGGAAAACCAUUGAAGAGUGACCCUCCCUUCUUAAAGAACUUAAUAUUUUAAACACAAAAUUCUACGCCUAUAAAAACCCUAGGCAAAAUCUUCAAUAAGCCACCCCAUUCUCAAAUAUUGAGAAAUAUUAUUUUACCCAUUACUGAGCAAUCACAACUGCAUUAAAUUGUUGAAAUAUUUUGUACUUCAAACAACAAUUAAAAAAUAAGUCAUAAAACUGUGAAAGCUGAGAGCAUUCAACAUGCAUAAAAAAGCAUUCAUUAAAGUUCUGCGUGUGCUACUGUGAAACAAGCAGAUAGAUCGCUACUCUUGGAUCUCAGCAACCAGUGUUUACUAACUUUUGGAAACUGUUGAUCUAAGAGCAUAAAUUGUCAAUGUGACUGUGUUCUAGGAAACACUGCUGCAUAACAUACUGCACACACCUUAACUCCGUAUCUGAAAGAUGUAUGCAUAAUUUCUGCUUUAAAAAGCCUAAGGCACAUGUUCAAUAGCUCUGUAUCUAAGUUAAACAUUUGAUUAAGUGUUCUACAUGGCAUAGACUUUAAUAGUUAAGGUAUUAUUUCAAGUGUGUAUUGAAGUCUGUUGAACCUGGAAUCACCUCCAAAAGAAACUGUAAAGAGAUGCGAGAUAUUACAUUUCAAAAAGCUGGUUAAGAAACAGGUUUGUAGGAUGAUUAUCAGCCAGAAAUUAAUUAUACAAAGUACAGGAAAUAUUAUAAUUAGGCAUUCGUGCUUCUCCCCUGCCUCCUGCCCCCUUCAUACAGGGGGGCUUCAUGAAACUCUGAAGCUGGACAUCCCUUUUGGUUAUGCCAGACCCAUGGAAUUUUCAACACUGAGCGAUAAGAAAGCUCUUGCUUUCUUGCAAGAUUGCUGCUCUUUCUCCUAAUCAUUCAAUUACAUUUGGCCUCACCAAAACGUACACACUGGUACUGGUUAGCACUGAUACUCUUCCUCAGGAAACCUUCAAAUACAGAGUGAUUAGAAACUGUAUGGCUUGGUCUUUUAAUUUUAGUAGUCUGAUGGAGAAUCAAAACCAACAGUAGGUGGACAGUUCCCAUUCAGGAGUGCAUAUUUUAAAUUGGUAUUUUUUAUGUCACAUAAAAUCCUUCCUGAAGAACUGCAGGCAGGAAGGAGGCAGCAGAGAACUGCUAUUAUUCGGAACUUCCUCCUACAGAAUACUCAUCACCAUCAAACUCCAUUAUCUUGAACAAAGUCAUUUCCCUUCCUGCCUACUGGAAGUCACAUCCUGCACAUUUGAGUCUACAACUUCCUACUGAUAGUUGAAAUUUUCUCCCCUUGCUCUACAAAACCUCAAAAAUAUGGCCCAGACAAAAUAUGCCUGUGUAAAAAGGUACAAGUUAUUUGCAUUCACAAGUUACUCCUUUUACAACCCUUUUCAGUCUAAAUAGUUAGAAUCUUCCAAAUUUGUCCCAAAUACUUCAGCACAGCAUUUUGUGAUAUGCAUCUUUAUAGCACGUCAAUAUAUGUUAAUUAUCUCAUUCAGUUUAUCUACUUUAGAGUAAAUGAGUAUGAAGGUGAGGACUGCAGAAUUAGCAUUCAGGCUGUUGGAUAUCUGUAUUCUUUGGCAAAUGUUUUUACUGCAUCAUUAAUGCAUCUGUUUGGUAGAGUCCUCUGGGAAACUGUUGUUUACAAAUUAGCAGACUAUCAAGGCUGCUCUCUAGGCUCAUAGGUGAGACUAAUGCACAGGAAUAGUUUGUUUUGAAAGAGCUUUCUUGAAUUUCACAGCAGUGGAGAAAAGAGCUGCUGAACACCUAGACUGACUCUUUCCCGGUUUGCAUCCAUAUUAGAAAUCUCAUCCCCUGGGAGGAAGUGAAAACAGCAUAAGUACAAUACACAACACUUCAUUUUUUUCCUUUUCAUUACUUUCAGCUCAUUUUACUAUAUUGCCAUAUAAAGACAAAACAUGUUGGGUCAACGCAGCUAGUUAGGACUAUGGAUACUAACAAACUGUUAGCCACCAGAAAGCACGGCGAUGAGCUCCUCACAAUCCUUUUUAGAAAAGCUAGAGUCCCUCUUCUUGAUUCCGAAUGCAGAAUGAGAGCAUUAUCAUUGUGUAUCUAAAAAUCUGCUGAACCACUCUUACUCAAAAGGAAGACUAAAACAUCCUCAUUGCUGGUUACCAUUGCCCUGGUGAACAAAAAUCCAGUAACGAAAGGAAGACAGACUAAAUUGUAUUAUAUCCACUUCGCUAUUUCUAGAAACAUCCUUCUGAAGUCACAUACAUGUAAAAACACUUGCACACAAAUAACGAAAUUAUGAUAAAUACUUCCUAAUUAUUAAUAAAAUCACAGAAAACAUGUGGGGCUAAUUUAGUUUUAAGAUUACCAGACUGGGCAAACUAUGGAAAAAACAUCCGAUUCCUGCAUUUACUAAUCACAUGACAUCCAUCAAACAACAAAUUUAGAAACAAAAAAAACACAUUAAAAAUAAAGCAGCAUCUGGCAACAGGAAAGCAGAGCCAUUAUCUAAAGGGCAAUAGCAGCAUUCUAUAGAACACAAUUAACACGGAAUGCAGCAAGAUGAGGCUAAAGUUAAUUAAAAAGCUAUUUCACAUCACUUGCAACACUGUACUGAGAAAGUAUUUGGCUCACAGGUCUUGUUUGUUCUGAGUACACGGUACAGCUUAUCAAAUAUUCGGGUAUUUGGUGCAAAAUAACUCUGUGACAACUGUCACCACAAAUCCAAUGCAAACAGAAGUAGUGAUAUGAAAAAGAGAGCAUUUGCAACGUAUAUCAUCGCCUUCAUCUACAAAGAGACCUUCAUAAGAUCACAUCACUAUUGCAAAAAUGAAAUGCAGUUAGUAUUUUCAACAACAAUCCACGGAAUUGCUGAAAAUAUCAAGAUUUUUUUGCCUCCAAAAAAGACAAUGACCUUUAAAAAUACAGGGAUCAAAGCACAAUUUGGAAAUGUAAUAAUUUUAAAUAAAGACAGUAGACACUGAUAAAUAUGAACCAGAUUCAUUCUGUGAAAACAAUCAAAGAGAUCACCCUCUUUUAAACUGAAACUAUAACAUAACAUUUGAAAAAUGGUGUUUUGAAAGUAAUUAUUGCAACCCCAAACUGUCUUUGAAAGCAAAAGCAUUCAUUUUGACAACUGCGUAGAGACAUUU